AUGGUUCAAAUUACCGAUACGAAUAAUUUUGCUUUUCAGACCUUUGACAACAACAACAUUCUCGGAACUUCUUUGCCCGCAGAUUGGGAACAACUCUGUGGAAGUGGAGAUAUGGUUGGUUUGGUGGGUAAUGCUAGUUUUCCUUUCGUCGGUGGCCUCAUGUCACCGAAUUUUGUUGACGACGACGGUUCGUGGAUUCUCGAUCAAACCGCGGAACAACAGUCUCUACAAUUGAACCAACAACAGGAGGUUCAACAAGUUCACACCCCACAAUCACUAUCAAACUCGCCUUCCGAUACAGACUCCAACGAGUCCAACGUAUCGUCGAAUCCUGAUGAUCAACUGCGCGCUCAAACUCCAGCUCCUUUGCACAAGACCAUCAUACCAAACUAUCUGACCAUCCGACGCAGAAGUUUAUCCGCCGAUAACAUACACGCAUUGGCAAAAUCACAGCAGGCAGUUAACCGUAAGCCCCUAUAUCAUUUUCCUACGCAGCAACACGCAGAACAGAUUUCAUUUGAUAGAUCCGGCUUAUCCAAGUCCACGGUUCCUUCAACCAUGAGUCUCGAGCAAAUGCAAUUUUUCCAAAGCACAAAACAACAACCGCAGCAACAGGGUCUCCGGAUGCAAGGUGCUUGUGUCCCUCAGAAUGUCGUCAAAGUUGAAAGUCAGAACGGCAAUCCGAUCAGCAAUGAUAACGACUGCGACCGUAAUAACAGUCACCAACAAAAUAACUCCCGAACUUCGAGCCCAUCACCGCGGAUCACCGCCACUGCCCCUACCCAUCGUCCUCAUUUGUCCAGAUCCGUAUCGCAUCAGCAGAUCGGUCCUAUUAACCAUACGCAAAGGCUCAACGAAUUACAAGCAAGAUUCAAGGUUAAACUCGACAAGAGAAAUCAAAGGAGCAUGCCUAAUAUUCAAUUAGCGGCCGCAGCUCACGGUUCCAUGAUUCAAUCACAAAAUUCAAUUCCUCUGAAAACCAAUUCGUCCAAUGGCCCCAUUCCCGGUGCUGUGUCAAUAAUGGAGAUGUCUUCACUAUCCACGCCUACCACCCCAACUUUCCCCAACGAAAAGGCUAGCGCUACCAAACAGACACUCGCCCCUCCACCACGACGUGGCCAUAUGCGCAAACGAUCAUUGUCUGCACCAACGACGCCUUUCCCGAAUAUUGCGCAACCAUUGCCAAAUUCGGUGCCUCUGCAAUCAGCCCCAGCGUUUCCGCUCAAUAUAUACAAUCGUAGGCCCAAUGCCCUACCCAUUCAGAUCCAGCGAAAUCCCAAGCACUCACACGCUACCACAGCAAUGUCGUCCGAAGAGUAUCAGCGCAAAUUAGACGAAGAACUUGAAAAGGUUGAUUUUGAUGAUAUCACCGUGAGCGAACUCAAGGAAAUGCUACGUCAGAGAGGAAAACCUGCAACCGGAAAAAAAGCAGUCUUGAUGCAAAGACUUCAAGAGGAGGUGGAAUACGUGAAAGCUAUGAAAAACAGUGGCAACCAACAACCGAAGAAUAACAAUAAUAGUAACGCACAAUUUUCUCAGAUGAUCUCAUCACCGACAUCUCCAUCUGGAGUCUCAUUACAGAGGAGCAUUGCAAACUUGCACAUAUCUAGUCCGCCAACCCACUCUAGACGCUAUAGUCCUUACGGAAGCGUCAGCAUUCCAGGCAGUCCCAGGAUGAUGCCCAGCGGGCUGGGUAAUGGGCGAUCUGGCUUCAAUGGAGGAAACGUCGCUUAUGCGGAAGGAGAUGAAUGGCAAUAUAAUAUUGGUAUACAACCAUUAAUGUCGAACAAUAUGGAUGAACAAUCUCACUCAAUUAUGAUGAUGGAAGCGCAAUCGCAACAGUCGCAAGACAUGUACGGACAACAGCAGCCUUCAUCUGCACCGCCCACAACCACCGAAUUUGACCAGGCCUCGUCGAUGGCCACAGAAUUCGUUGAUUUCAUGAAUCCCAUGUCCAUGAAUUUAAUGUCAGUGGGAUCUGAUAUGAUGAGAAUGAGUGUUUCUGACACGGACAAUCCAUUGCUCAAGCAAGAAUCAGAUUCGGAAAACAAAUCUGAUGGACAUUCAACGGAUCCAUUAGUUUCAUCAGCGUCUAAUGACGACGUAGCCGGGAUCCUUGCACAACAAGCAUUGGAAUUUGGUUUUAAUUCCCAGCAUCAAUUACAAGGCGAAAAUAUGAUGAUAAAGUCCGAAG